GUUACUUACGCUGACGACAACGUUCCUGACGCUGAGGACAAGGUUCCUGACGCUGAAGAAAAGGUUCCUGACAGUGAGGCCAAGGUUCCUGACGGUGAGGACAAGGUUCUUGAUGCUGAGGACAAGGUUCCUGACGCUGAGGACAAGGUUCCUGACAGUGAGGACAAGGUUCCUGACAGAAGGUUCCUGACGUAGAAAGGUUCCUGACGAGACAAGGUUCCUGACAGUGAGGACAAGGUUCCUGACUGUAAGAAAAAGGUUCCUGACGGUGAGGACAAGGUUCCUGACGGAGAAGACAAGCUUCCUGACUGUGAGGACAAGGUUCCUGACGCUGACGGUGACGACAAGGUUCUUGACGCUGAGGACAAGGUUCCUGACGCUGAGGACAAGGUUCCUGACAGUGAGGACAAGGUUCCUGACUGUGAGGACAAGGUUCCUGACGCUGUGAGAACAAGGUUCCUGAUAGUGAGUACAAGGUUCCUGACGGCGAGGACAAGGUUUCUGACGGUGAGGACAAGGUUCCUGACGCUAAGGACAAGGUACAUGACGCUGAGGACAAGGUUUCUGACGCUGAGGGCAAGGUUCCUGACCGUGAGGACAAGGUUCCUGACUGUGAGGACAAGGUUCCUGAUUGUGAGGACAAGGUUACUUACGCUGACGACAACGGUUCCUGACGCUGAGGACAAGGUUCCUGACGCUGAGGACAAGGUUCCUGAUUGUGAGGACAAGGUUACUUACGCUGACGACAACGUUCCUGACGCUGAGGACAAGGUUCCUGACGCUGAAGAAAAGGUUCUUGACAGUGAGGCCAAGGUUCCUGACGCUGAGGGCAAGGUUCCUGACAGUGAGGACAAGGUUCCUGACUGUGAGGACAAGGUUCCUGAUUGUAAGGACAAGGUUACUUACGCUGACGACAACGUUCCUGACGCUGAGUACAAGGUUCCUGACGCUGAAGAAAAGGUUCCUGACAGUGAGGCCAAGGUCCUGACGGUGAGGACAAGGUUCUUGAUGCUGAGGACAAGGUUCCUGACUGUGAGGACUAGGUUCCUGACGGUGAGGUGAAGGUUGCUGACGGUGAGGACAAGGUUCCUGACGCUGAGGAGGUUUCUAACGCUCUGGACAAUGUUCCAGGCGCUGAAGACAAGGCUCCUGACCGUGAGGACAAGGUUCCUGACGCUAAGAACAAGGUUCCUGACGCUGAGGACAAGGUCCUGACGCUGAAGAAAAGGUUCCUGACAGUGAGGCCAAGGUCCUGACGGUGAGGACAAGGUUCUUGAUGCUGAGGACAAGGUUCCUGACUGUGAGGACUAGGUUCCUGACGGUGAGGUGAAGGUUGCUGACGGUGAGGACAAGGUUCCUGACGCUGAGGAGGUUUCUAACGCUCUGGACAAUGUUCCAGGCGCUGAAGACAAGGCUCCUGACCGUGAGGACAAGGUUCCUGACGCUAAGAACAAGGUUCCUGACGCUGAGGACAAGGUUCCUGGCGCUGAGGACAAGGUUCCUGACUGUGAGGACAAGAUUCCAGACGGUGAGGACAAGGUUCCUGACGCUGAGGACAAGGUUCCUGACGCUGAGGACACAACCUCGUACCCAGUGCUUCUGCGCUUAUUGCUCUCAGAAGCCCUGGGAUAAUCCAACUCAGACCGUGAUUUGAUUGUUCAAUGCGAAUACAAUGAAAGUACUGGAAGUUAUUCAUUAACCGGGUGAUAUUUUGGCAACAUGGCUGCUAUCUCAAGGAAUUUAUACAAAAGUUAAAUGCUGGUUUUUGCAUGAAAAUACUUUUUUAAAUCAAAUUCUGGGCUAUUUUGAAAAGAGCAAAAGAAGAAAUGGACAUUUUUAUUUGUAAAUAAGCAAGAAUGGCGAACAGAGUAAAAAAAUUAACAUAAUAAAGCGAAACAUUGCUCGUUCGAAAACUGAAAUUUCAAGUAUAAAUCUACAACUUCAACCACGAUAUUCAAUGUAAAUAUUACAUAAUAAAGUUUUUAAUACCUUUUUUACCUUUAUUUGAUAAAUUGUGUGUUCUAUAUUAUUGCAUUUUGUAUUGGAAUAUGAUAAAUUAUGAAUUAUACACAAAUAUUUAAAUUUACAAAUUAUUCCCAACUUGAGGAUGCUUGGUGCACUGGCUCAGAGUUUGUAUUAGUGCCUAUUUAUUAUUGAGUUAUUAGUGCCUCUACAUCUCUAGAUCUAAUGUACAAACCUUGUAAUCUGUUACUUAAUACCAUAAAGAAACUGUUGAUAGCACAUAUAUUAAAUGACUAUUAAUCAAAAUGAACUAAAUUUUCGACCAUUAUAUAGCAUAUUUCCCCCAAUAUUAAGGGAAUAAUUUCUCCUAUUUAUUUUUAUAAUAAGCCAAUAUUGCCCAACUGUGAAGUAAAUAUUGCCCGACUGGCCUAGUCUGCCCAACAUUUGAGCCCAGCCCUGUACGCCUAUGACCAGGCCUACAGGUGGACCCCCAACCUGAUUGGCCACAAUUUUUUUUUCUCCAAAAUUUCCCCUCCCAAUGUACAAGGAUUGACAAUUGGACAGUUUGAUUAGAUUUGGAAAAAAAAACACAGUUAUAUUGGGUCAUUCCAGAAAACACUCAUACCACUCCCACAGAGGAAAUUGAAAGUUAAUCCCUCCUACCCCUUUGGAUGUCCUAAUAUAUUUACUAUUAUCAGAAAAAUUUCCCCCCCCCCUCCCCUUCUGAACGGCAGAAAUUUCCUCUGUGGGGGGAGUGUGGAUAUUUUCUGGAACAACCUAUUUGAGAAAUGCUUUUGCACAAAUUUUCUCACAAUUUUCUUGUAUGUCAGAACACUGUUCUAAGUUGCAACUAAAAUUCAGAGGUCUAAAAGGCUCAAGUCAAUUCCAGUGGUGUAACCAGAGGGGUUGGGGGGGGGGUCAAAAUAUUUUAAAUGUUCUGAACUUGUUUGUAAUUAAUUAGAGUUGAACAUGUGUUAACUGCAAGGUUAUUUCAAAUCACCAAAACACAUUAAAAUAGCCCCCCAAAAUGGCACUUUAUUAACUAGAAUUUAAAAAGUCUACAUUGUACUAUAUUAUACAUGGAUAGCUUGGGAGUCCAAAUAUAUUUUUACAUACUAACAAACUUUAUUCAAACUAGUGCAGGCCCCUCCUGGGGAUUUCAGUCCCCUUGAAGGCCUUAAUUAGAAAUUCUGGCUACAUCACUGCUCAAUUCCAUUGCCAAUGAUGGUGUUAGCAUGAUUAGACAGAGUAGGUUAACAAACUAGUGUGUAUUAUGAGAUAAUCCAUUGAACACCAAUGAUCUAUCCCAACAUCUAUCCAGCAAAGUUUUUUUGCGGGGUGCUAACCAAUGGCGAAACGAGAGCCAAAGGCGCGAGAUUUCUAGGGUGGUCUGGGGGCAUACUACGACGGAAAAUUUUUAAAAUUUGGGUCUCUGAAAUGCAUUUCCAGCAUUCUGAGAAAACAUUCCGGAAAAUUUUUAGAUUCUCAAAACAUUUAAAAAUUCAGAAAUUUAAUAUUGGCUAUUCCACUAUUGUCAACUAGUGAUAUGCAACUGAAUUCCUUAACAUAGGUUGGUUAGAAUUAGGAUAAGCAUCAUUUUUGCACCGCCCCCCCCCCCCAUGCACCCCUGUUGACCAGAGCCUGGGGGAGGGGGAUGCACACCAGAGUAAAAUAAAAAGUAAGACACAAUGUAAAACUUAAUAGGUAAGGUUAAUGGCCAGAACUAAAUGAUAAACAAUAUUUUAUAAUAAACCCAAAUUAGUUCAGCACCAUUGGUUCUUAUAACACUGUUCAUUCCAAUACUAGAACAUCAGCAAUUAACAAAAGUUGGAGUUUUAUCCGAUAACAUGUAUGCUUCUAACCAUGCUGUCCAUGCAGUUAUCUGACAGUUUUUAAUUUUCAACAUUGAUUCCCAAAGCCAUUAUUCUCAAGAUUUGCUAAAAAGGUUUUCCAAAUAUUGAAGUACAGAAUUAUAUUACAUCACUCAUCACUGUUCAUUUUACAUUCUUCAAGUAGAUGCAUGUUUACAGGACAGUGUAUCUUGUGCAUUUAUAAUUAAAUCUGGCAAUAUCUUUUUCAAAACCCUCAAAUCCAAGAUAAUCGGCAGCCAGCCACGUUACCAGUAAGAUAUCCAGUCUGUUAAUUUUGAAAUGACCAAUGUUGUACUCGAAUAUAAAUAUUUAUACUUUAAUUAUUGAAUAGCCCCUGUAUAUCGCUGACAAGGUAUGCUGUUGUCGCGAUAUAAGAUGUUCUUUUGGUUGCCAAAGCGCUAAUUUUACGCAUAAUUGUACCUCUAAAUUGAUCAUUCCUGACUUUAAAUUCCAAAAGCCACGCGAGAAGCAGUUUAAGACGUCUUUACAAGUCCAAAUAUAUGAUAAAUUGCAACAAAUAAUCCAUUCUCACUCCUUGCGUAAAAAUAUGACCAGUCAGCGUUUUUAGCUGCAGCUACUGUUUACUUCCGCUUCCGGGGGCACCACUGUUCUAUGGUGUUCCGGUUUGGAUUAUCCCAGGGCUUCUGAGAGCAAUAAGCGCAGAAGCCCUGGGUACGAGGUUGCUGAGAAGGACAAGUUCCUGACGCUGAGGACAUGGUUCCUGAGGCUGAGGACAAGGUUCCUGACGCUGAGGACAAGGUUCCUGACUGUGAGCACAAGGUUCUUGACGGCGAGGACAAGGUUCCUGACGCUGAGGACAAGGUUCCUGACGCUGAGGACAAGGUUCCUGACGCUGAGGACAAGGUUCCUGACGCUGAGGACAAGGUUCCUGACGCUGAGGACAUGGUUCCUGAGGCUGAGGACAAGGUUCCUGAGACUGAGGACAAGGUUCCUGGCGCUGAGAACAAGGUUCCUGACUGUGAGGACAAGGUUCCUGACGGUGAGGACAAGGUUCCUGACGCUAAGGACAAGGUUCCUGACGCUGAGGACAAGGUUCCUGACUGUGAGCACAAGGUUCUUGACGCGAGGACAAGGUUCCUGACGCUGAGGACAAGGUUCCUAACGCUGAGGACAAGGUUCGUGACGCUGAGGACAUGGUUCCUGAGGCUGAGGACAAGGUUCCUCACGCUGAGGACAAGGUUCCUGGCGCUGAGGACAAAUUUCCUGACUGUGAGGACAAGGUUCCUGACUGUGAGGACAAGGUUCCUGACGGUGACGACAAGGUUCCUGACGGUGAGGACAAGGUUCCUGACUGUGAGUACAAGGUUUCUGACGCUGCGGAUAAGGUUUAUGACGCUGAGGGCAAGGUUCCAGACGGUGAGGACAAGUUUCCUGACGCUAAGGAGAAGGUUCCUGACGCUGAGGACAAGGUUCCUGACGCUGAGGACAAGGUUCCUGACGCUGAGGACAAGGUUCCUGACGGUGAGGACAAGGUUCCUGACGCUGAGGACAAGGUUCCUGACGCUGAGGACAAGGUUCCUGACGCUGAGGACAAGGUUCUUGACGCUGAGGACAAGGUUCCUGA